UAGUUCAUAUGAACCAACUCCAACAGUGGAAAGAACAAAGCAUGGAGAAAGUGUGGAAUGGAAUCGAAAAGACCUCUGAAUCAUGCGACAUGUUGAAGACUGUUCCAGCACUGGCGCUGUACCUUGGACUCAUUCACUUCAACUUCAUCUUCAUCCUCUUCGCCACCUUCUUCCUUUCUCCUUCCAAAGCACUCUUGGUGUUCGGUUUCCUCUUCCUGUUCGUCAUGAUUCCUGUCGACAAAAACAGCAUGUUCGGUCGAAAAUUGUCAAAAUACAUUUGCAAGAACAUUUGCUCCUAUUUUCCCAUAAAGCUUCACCUAGAAGAUCCAAAGGCCUUUCGUCAUAAUCGUGCUUACGUGUUUGGUUAUGAACCACACUCAGCUUUUCCACUUGGCAAGGUUGCUCUUACUGAAAACGCAGGUCUCAUGCCUCUUGCAAAAACAAAACUUCUAGCUAGCAGCGCCGUUUUCUAUAUACCAUUUCUGAGACACGUAUGGACAUGGAUGGGAUUUACUGCAGUCACAAAGAAAAAUUUCAUUUCCUCCUUGGAAGCUGGCUACAGUUGCAUUUUAGUGCCUGGUGGAAUUCGAGAAGCACUUUUUUUGGAGCCCCAUUCUGAGAUCGUGUUUCUAAAGGAGAGAAGAGGAUUUGUUCGGGUAGCAAUGGAGACGGGAGUACCCCUUGUUCCAGUUUUCUGCUUUGGUCAGACAAACUCCUACAAGUGGUGGAAAGUUCCAGGGUUAAUUCAAAAACUUGCUAGGUUUAUCAAGAUUAUGCCAUUAUUUUAUUUGGGAAUUUAUGGAUCUCCCAUACCAUUCAAAAAUCCAUUGUACAUCGUGGUGGGUAGACCAAUUGAGAUAGAGAAAAUUCCAGAACCGACAAUGGAGCAGGUUGACAGAGUACACGGUCAAUUCGUGGAAGCACUUCAAGAUCUCUUUGAACGACAUAAAGCUAAAGCUGGAUAUACAGAUCUUCAAUUGAAAAUUCUAUGACUAGACCAACCUCUUUCGGCCUAAGUAACUAUGUUUCUCAUUUGAAUCUUCUAAAUAGAAAAUAAUCAUUCGGAUUAAUUUAAAAAAUUAAGGAUGCAAGGUAUCUCCAUUUUGUUUUAGCUCAUCUGUCAUUGGGCUGGUUUAUCAAGAAAGGACGCUACUCCCUCUACCCUCACCAAAUGCUUUCUCCACCUCCUCCAAUCUCUCCAAAACUUGAUAUUAAAAUAAUUAAAUUUUUUUUUCUAUUAUUGGUAAAUGAUAAACGAGUAUGUAAUAAAAAAACAAUCCAAAACACAUCAGGUAAAGUGUUUUAGUUUAUAAUUGUCUGUCGUUUUAUAAGUAGAUUGGACAAAAGAAGUGUGCAUUUAAAACAACUUUAUCAUCUUGUAAUUUCCAUUUUAGAAGAAUUGGAGAGUGAGAAAGUCUUUUGAUUAUUGCUCUGGUCCUAA